GAGACAGUAGUAGCAGAAUACUGAGAGGAUCUUGAUGGUGAAGCAGAUGAAAGACCAGUCCAAAGAUGUUGUACGAAGGUGAAACCCAUCUCCACGGAAUAGAAUCCAGUAUACAUCAUCCAACUCAUUCACUGGGCGAUAAAGACAGAGGUAACCUGGCUGAGAGGAUAUUAUGUAUCGCCCUCGAGAUCAUCCACCAGCUGAUUGGACAGGAUUAUACAGUAGUGAAAAAGACACCUAACAGCCAUUCCAUCACGGUGCCUCCAUCUCAUUCACUGAUACAUGAGAGGCAUAAUGACCAGAAGAUCCUGGAUCUCACCAACAAGAUCAUUCAGCUGCUGACUGGAGAGGUUCCUAUAAGGUGUGAGGAUGUCACCGUCUAUUUCUCCAUGGAGGAGUGGGAGUAUAUAGAGGAACACAGGGGUCUGUACAAGGACGUGAUGAUGGAGAAUCACCGGCCCCUCACAUCACUGGAUGGGGCCAGUAACAGGAAUUCGUCAGAGAGAUGUCCCCGUCCUCUUUAUUCACAUGAUAGUCAAGAUGAAAAUCUUAGUGUCCCAUAUGAUUAUCAGGGUGCGAACUUGAAAAUUAUAAUGGUUGAUCUACCAGAUAUUGAGGGAGAAGAGACAUAUGUGAGGGAUGAUCAGCAGUUUAAGGGUGAGGAAAUCCCUACAGAUAUCAGCACAGCAGAUGGACCCAGGAGCACGAAGAGCUCGGAGGGACAUCUCGGUUUGUCUACAGACUGUAAGAUAGAAGAUAACGAUAUCGCACAAUAUUCUCCGGAAAAAAAUAUGUUUAUUCCAAACAUACACCCAGUACUUAGCUGUGCAGCUGUUUCAUCUGAUCCAUAUACUAAUUACGAUGACUGUUUGUAUCAUGAUGACAGUCUUAUUUUGCAGCAGAAAGCGGACACGGAUGAUAAGCGGUUUCCUAAUUCUGCAUGCAGGGAAAGUAUUACACAGACGUCAGGUAUUUCUGUACAACAGAGUAGUCUCACUGGGGAGAAUCCGUUUCCAUGUCCUGAGUGUGGGAAAUGUUUUACCCUGAGGUCAUAUCUUGUCAAACAUCAGAGGAUCCAUGCGGCGUUGAAGCCGUAUUCCUGUUCCGAUUGCGGGAAAUGUUUUACAAAGAAAUCCCACCAUCUUCAGCAUCAGAGGAUGCACACAGGGGAGAAACCAUUUUCGUGUUCCGACUGUGGGAAAUAUUUUGCCCACAAGUCGAACUUUGAUAAGCAUCAGAAAAUUCACAGCGGUGAGAAGCCGUUCUCCUGUUCCGAAUGUGGGAAACGGUUUACACAGAAGACGAACCACCUUCAGCAUCAGAGGAUUCACACUGGGGAGAAGCCAUUUUCCUGCUCUUAUUGCGGAAAAUGUUUUACACAGAAAUCAGGCUUUCAUAAACACCUGAAAAUCCACACGGGGGAGAAGCCGUAUACAUGUUCUGAGUGCGAGAAAUGUUUUACCCACAAGUCACAUCUUAUUCAGCACCAGACCAUUCACACAGGGGAGAAGCCGUUCUCCUGCUCUCUUUGUGGGAAGUAUUUUGCACACAAAUCAAGCUAUUACAAACAUCAGAGAGUUCACACCGGCGCAAAGCCGUUUUCCUGUUCAGACUGCGGGAAAUGUUUUACGCAGAAAUCUAGUCUUGUCCGACAUCAGAGAGUCCAGGCACAUUUACAGAGGUGACAAGUUGUAGUUGUAUAUGUGAUUAUAAGUGUAAAGUGUUUUAUUAAAGAAAGAGAAAACAAAUAA